AUGCCACAGCCAAAAUCUCUCCCCAAAGACCGCUACGUCCGGCAACGCGCCGCGCGAGAAAUCCGUCGAAACCUUGCCGCCCUGACAACAUCAACAUCUCAUCCUCAGCUCCAAUCUCUAUUCUUCGCCGUCCUACCAGCAGAAAUCCGUUUCACAAUCUACCAACACGUGCUAUCUCAACAACAUGAUCCCACCCGCCCUAUCGACACCCAUUCCAUUUCACCACUAUACCGCCCUCGACACACUCAUCGUACCAAAAUCGACUCAGCUCUGCUCCUAACAUGUCGCCUUAUCUAUGUAGAAGCCCACCAAAUCCCCUUGCGCAGUUCCACGCACCAUUUCCGGUACCUAGGUAGUACAUCAUGGCUGUACAACGGAGACAUCUGGCUCCACCACAUCACCAAGCAGCGAGGCGCAGAACUAUACCAUCUCCACGAUAACCUCGUUGCGCUGAAAGCGUCCAACUUCAAUAAGUUCCUCUUGAGCCAUUUACGCUGGAGGAGAAUUACUUGGACGAUAUGCGCCUACCUCCUUCCGCCUUUACUCGCCGAACUGAAGGAACGACAGCGACUCGCGGAAACCAUGGCGAGCUUGGUUCUGCCGAGUAGUUGCCAGGAGGUCAAUCUUGAGUUCGAAACGAGAGAGGAUUUAUUGCCCGAUUGGCCUGGUUUGGAGGAUCAAAUUGAGGCGUGUAGGGCAUUGGCGUUACGGAAGGAGGAUGGGUCAGUGUUAGAGAUUGAUGAUAGAUAUGGCCUGAAGUAUACGUGGAUGGGGAGUGGGCAGGCGAGGUGGGGGACGAGUGAGGAUGCGGUCUGGAAGGAGAAGAUGAGAUAUCACACUACGAGGCUGUGUUGGAGGGCGAGGGUGCCGAGGAGGGAGUAUAUGAGUUAUGAUUUUUUGGAUUGUUUGGGUGUUGAGGGCGAUAGGGACGGGGUUGUCGAGAAGGUGAAGACGUUAUGUGAGUAG